GGGGAUUGGAACACCUGAAUCACAUGAUUGGGAGGGGAUUGGAACACCUGAAUCACAUGAUAUGGAGGGGAUUGGAACACCUGAAUCACAUGAUUGGGAGGGGAUUGGAACACCUGAAUCACAUGACUGGGAGGGGAUUGGAGCACCUGAAUCACAUGAUUGGGAGGGGAUUGGAACACCUGAAUCACAUGAUUGGGAGGGGAUUGGAACACCUGAAUCACAUGAUUGGGAGGGGAUUGGAACACCUGAAUCACAUGAUUUGGAGGGGAUUGGAACACCUGAAUCAUAUGAUAUGGAGGGGAUUGGAACACCUGAAUCACAUGGUGAUUGGGAGGGGAUUGGAACACCUGAAUCACAUGAUUGGGAGGGGAUUGGAACACCUGAAUCACAUGAUAUGGAGG